AUGGGUCGUGAUAUGCUCUCCGUGGAUCAUGCAAAUGACACCAGUCGAUAUAAUCGAAGCCUACCAGCAUUGCCUUCCCCGGAGCCAAGCGAAGUAUACAAUGAAGGAGACGUCCGCCGUAUAUUUGCUUAUUUCGCCAGCUUUGUCGAGCAAGCAUUUAGCAGUUCACCAAAGCUUUGGCAUCGUUGGGAAGCUGGACCGCCUGGCCUUGGUGUUACUACGUCUGAGACAAUCGACACUUGGUGGGGAGUUUAUAUGGGGCAAUACCAAAGCUGUGCUGUCAUAGGUGAGUUAAAAAGGCCUGGUGUCAUCGAUACGGAGGAAUGGGGCAUAGUAGACGCGAGUGCUGAUACUAUCCAGUUAGGUAAAGAAAUCCGAAUGUAAGUACAAACAGAAUAUUGCCUAAUCACAACUAAAAGGAAUAGGUAUGCGUACCAAUAUAAAUGCCCACAAACAUUUUAUUUUGAUGGGAACAAUCUACUUGUCAUACGCUUUCAAGCUAGUUCGAGAAACGAUAUUCGCAGGGCAGAUUGUGUUGCUGAUUGUUUUAUUGUUGGAAAGCAAGCUCUUGAUAUGCCCUAUUGGAUUGACCGGUUGAUUGCUGAAGGACUGGAACGGCUCCGAGCAGAAGUGGCAGGACCUAUUCUACUUGGAGGAUAUGACCGAGUUUUUCGAUACUAUGAUGGAAAACCAUAUUGGUUUAGACAAGGGGUGACAUAUUGGGGCCAUCCACAUGGAUAUAAGAGACGUUUUGUCGACAAGGAAUGGUGGUGGUAUUUGGAUAAUAUCGCUCAGAAACUAGAUACUCCCGCAAUCUCUUGA